AUGGUCGGACGGCGCUGCGUCGGAUCAUCUCCCGACGGUGGCUGGUUGGUUACACUAGACCUAGCGCUUCAGCCCCGCAUUUUGAACCCUCUCACCCACAAGGAGUUCCGCCUCCCAUCCCUUCUCAACAUCUCCACCAACAUAGAAGCCAUCAGGGAUGGAUCCGACGGCAUUAUUUUGGAGUUCGUCAACUACAGGAGUAACAUGACCCAAAUUUCAUAUCCGGCAAACAUCUUCCGCGACGCGUUUAUUCGGAGGGUAAUCAUAACUGACGCUCCACCAAAUCACAUGUGCAUAACUGACGUCGAUCCACCCAAUGUCGUGGCCGUCGCCUUUUACUUCUCAGAUGGUUGCAUGGCUUUGGCCCGACCUGAAGAUCCUCGUUGGGUCCGUGUUGAGAGAUUUCCAGGGUUUGGGGCUUUCAUGGACGCCGUCUACUGCCACGAGGAUCAACUCCUCUACGUUGUGGCCAAAGAUGGAUCCGUAAUCGGUUACGACCUCCCUAACUUCAGAAUAUAUCCUCCAUUAGGGCCAAGACCCUUAUUAUUUAUUUCACCAAUACCCAAAAUAUGUAUUUCACCUUUGAAUAUCCACAUACAAGAUAUAUCGAUCAAAUAUCUUGUUUUCUUGGACGGCGAGUUGCUUCAAAUCCAGAGAACAUCAAAGUCUUACACGGCCAAAGGUACCGGAUGUGAAGAUGAAUACAAUAGUCCAAUCGUUGGCGUAGAAACACAACAUAUCGAGGUAAUGAGAUUCAGAUCAGGACCGGAUGACACAUAUGAUCCUCUAUCCUGCUGGGAUAAAGUGCAAGACAUAGGAAAUUAUUCAUUAUUUAUUGGUUGUAAUCAUACGUUGGUUGUUUCUAUUUCAGAGAAUUCUGAAUUGAGACCGAAUUGUGUUUAUUUCACUGAUGAUUCUUAUGGACUAUGUGAUUUGGUUCAACAAAGGAAGGCAUGGGAUGUUGGUGUUUAUGACAUCAAGAAUGAGACUAUAGAGAGAUUUUUCCCUCCGGAUUCUGAUCAACAAGUAAUUUGGCCACCACCCUCCUGGUUCAUGCCUCCCAAGCUUCAUUUAACCUUCCCCAAGUAG